CUGAGGAUCACUUUCACACUGCAGCUCCACGGACUUUAUACACAACAGACCUGAGACAAGGAGAAAAAAGGAGAAAACUUGAUUUUGUCAGACACACACACACACACACACACACACACACACACACACAGCAGGAACACUCUCACCUCUAAUUGUGAUAAACACAGCCGACCUCCACACAACACAACACACACACACAACACACACACAAUCACAGUGUGUGAUGGCUGCCCUGGACCUGCACUGUGGUGUGGAUCCUGGAGUGUGUGUGUGGAGUGGAGAGUGUUUGGAUUCACUCGACUCCUUCGACUCUGAGAUGCAGCAGUGGGAGGAGCAACUACAGGAAGUCCAGAGGAAAAUAGAGGAAUUAUAUAAGGUAGUGGAAGCACGCAGGGGAACCAAUGAGAUGAACCCAAACUCCAACGCUCAGCUGGACAUCACCUUACUUCCUGUCAACACCACCAGGGGUUUCCUUAAUAAUGGUUGCCAUGGUGAAAAUAUAAGCAGCACCGCACCGCAACAGCCGAGUGAUGUCAGCUUCACCCCCUCCUGCAGUUACGGUGUAGGUUAUCAGAAGCAUGGUGUUGCGAGUCCUCAGAGUUACAGCGUCAGUGAUCAGGAAGUGAUGAUGGACAUUCUGGAUGGAUACCUGGGCGUGGACACGAGAACAAGUCAAAGAGCAGAGAAAACACAUGGAGCUACGAACACAAGCUCCGCCCACAAUCACACAGUUUCCACCUAUCAGAACGCAAGUAAUCAGUGGCUGGGGAGCACCAGUGCUUAUGUGUCUCUGGGUGAAUUUGAAGAAGCACAGAACAGGAAGAAUAAAGGCUCGGUUUGGGAAGAACCCAGAGUCCGACAUGUGAGCUGGAGAGACCAAGUCACCAUCCCUGAGAAAUCAGUCACUAAACCACCAAUCCACCAGAGAGACAGCCCUCACCCUCCCCAGACUCGCCCCGCAAACCUCUCCGACUCGCCUAAGUGCCCUCUGGUGGACAGGAGGUGCGGCAGCCCGUCUGUCCUGCUCAAGUUCGGAGCAAUGCUGCAGGAAAACGAAGGGAAAACUCUGAUUGAGGACGGAAUCGUAACCACGUUGGUGCCCAAACAUGUUCCCAAGUCCCCAAGGCAUGGAGGAAGCCGGGGGUCCAAACACGUCCCUGUGAGGGGCAACGAAACUCCUGUAACGCAUCGGAACUGUGAGCACGGAGGGGCGAAGGUGGGAGUCAAGAUCUCGCAUUGGGGGACGGACAAUCUGCAGAUGGGGGAGAGGAUUUUGGGAAAUUUCUCUACACCUUCACCAAGGAACACACCAUCUCCACACCUGGUGAGCUGUGACUCCUCCCCCACUACACCCAGGAGGAGUUUCUCUCGUCCGGCUCGUCCGGCUCAUCAGCGCCCUCCAUCCCGGUGGGCGAGCCACACCCCGACAGCUGGCACCAUCACGCCCACUAUUCCCCGAUCUCGCUCGCUCAGUCCCGCAUGUAAACCCAAACAGCGCUACAAUAAGCACAGUCUGUUCACAGAAACCAUCAUCAUGUGAGCAGGAAACCUUCAGGAUUUCACCUGUGACCUUUGGAAUGUUUGAAUCUUUCAUAUGUUUUGUAUCUCACAGUUGUUUGUGUAUUUGACUGUGCAUAUUUACAAUCUUAUAAGAAGAAUAAAGAGUUGGGAUCUUCCUGUAA